GCCAUAUAAAGCCCGCGAUUGCUCCGCCCCUUGUCAGUCUAGCCGUGAGAUGUGGCGCGUAAUGGACAACUGCGUCUGAUACCCAAAGGUCAGUUGGACCGAGGCGAAUGGACUUAUUUCUCACAUCAUUUACGCAGCGAACUCUUCAUUGUUUUGCGCACCGAUCGCGCUCAAAAUGCCUUUUCCGCCGAUAAACCUGCACUCACGGAUAACGUCUCCGAGAAAGGAGCUGUUCAGGAAAAAGAAGAGCAGGGACAAUGUCGCGCCCCCGCAGUCCGCGUUCAGUCAAAGAACAGGAGACGACAAGGCAUCGGAGAAAGAUAAACUGUCAACAUCGUGGCCAUCGAGUCAUUUAAAGCAGCUUGCACAAAGUAAGCCGAGGAGAGUGCCGCCAGAUCCCGAAACGGACAGCAAGCGUUCAUGGCUGAGCGUCCCCAAACCCUUGGCUACCUCAUGCGAAAGCGUCCCGAGAUCCAGUUCUGGAGAGUCCAGCCUUAAACAUUCCUCCAGGACCUCUCUAGCAAAGGAAGAGGGCGAGCAGGAGAUCCACUUCUCCCUCAGCCUGACCCCCGAAGCCAUCCUGGUCAUCCAAAAACGCAAUCUGGAGAAACAGAUGAUGGCCAAGCAACAGAAGUGCUGCGCUUCGGCUGACUUGAGACACCGUCGCGUUUUCCCGUCCAAGAGAGCUCAGGGCAGCUCCUCCAAUAAUAAGAGCUCCGGACCUGUUGCCAAACUGGAGGGCUCCAAUGACAUUAGCACCAUUGUGAAGAUCUCCCUCCUCAAUGAUCAGCACAAAUAUGACGAUGUGGAGUACGAGGAGGAGGAUGGAGACGUGGACGAGACCGUCAUGAGGAAGUGUAAAGAGUGGCUUAAAGGGGUGGAAAGUGCUUCUGCUUUUGGCAAAGUCGAUAAACUGUCAUCUUUACCUCAUCUGAAAAGUUGAUAACAUGAACUGCUUCAGUCCACAAGGAAAGGUCCACUGUGAAGACUUCAGUAGUCCAUGUUCUCUAAGACGGAGCGCAGCGGAAUGACACAGAACACUGAGUCUCGAGACGCGAUGAAUUAUUUUUAACAUGACGCGCCGUCUUAUAAAACGAAACGCUUAUGGCGCUCAACGCAAAAUAACAGCCAUAUAUAUAGACCAACAACAAUAAUAAAAAAUAAAAUAAAAAAUAGCUCUGAACUAUUUUUAACUUGACAAGUCUUAGCGUCUGUCUAACUCCUGCGCAUAUACUUAGACCAUAAAUAAUAGCGCUGACGGAAAGCAUUGUGUGAAUGGUCAUUAAGGGGGCGUUCAUAUAAAACUCGUUCUUGUGUUAAAAAAUAAAUAAAUAGGCGGAGCGCAGAAGGAUUGAACAGAACGCGUUUUUAAAGGUUUACAGUGACGUAAGCGAUUGUUUUUUUAUUAUUAUUAUUAAUAUAGAAUGGUAUACAGAAAAUGUUAUACCUGAGAUAUCUCACCGGUCUCUGUGACAGCACUGGAUUGUGUAAACAGCAAACAAAAAUGUGACCGCGGCCCGCCAAUCAGAAGACUUUGAUGUGCUUUCUGCCUGUGAAUCAUUUUGCACGUUCUCAUAUUGUAGUAGUUGAAGUCAUAUUCAGAUUCAUAACAGCAGUUGGCUACAGGUGCUAUUUAACUACUUUGGUGUUUUACAACCGUGCGAACACGCAAAUUCUGCUCUUUUGUUCGAGUGAACAUCUCAUACGCUAUCUUUGGAAGGCCGGGUUUUUGGAAAGAGGGGGCGUGUCUAAUUCAACGGUUCAGUCUCGUGGAAGUUCCAGAAUGGCUAAAAUCGCUUACAGCACCUUUAAACUAUGAUAUUAACACCUCUUAAUAGAAUGCAACAGUGCCCACCCACUUUUUCAGCCAUAUGUGUUCCGGAAGUAUUUCCCCCGUUCAUUUUCUUCCGUAGAUUUUUUAUAAACUCCUUCAUUAAAGAGUUCUAAGCCAUGAACCAAACCAACCAGCUCUGAGGUGAAUCACAACAUCACCGACUUUGUUUGAGGCAAAAAGUAAUUGAAAAUCGGACAAAAAGACAAAGUUUCAAGGUUGUGUACUUAACGUCUUUCAUGAGGGCACAAACUACAAUCCCAUGAAGCAUUGUGAAUGAUGUAAUUGAAUAAAAAAAGAUGGCAAUAUAUAAAACUAUUGAUUUGAGGUUGCUGAUUACAAGUAUAGAAACAAUAUACUUUACAUUUAUUGUAAAAUAUUCCAAAAUGUACAAAUAUAUAAGUAGUUUAAGGGUGAAGGGAGACCGACUUGGUUAUGUCAUUCACAGUGCAUCAUGGGAGUGGGCGGUCGCGCUGAAUCGGUUUUGCGGGUUUCGUUGGCUGCGUUUCUCUGAUUGGAUGAUAUUUCACUGCUGUACCCUGGGUAAUGUAGUUGUUUACCAUGAAUUCCCCUAUCAAACACGAUUUUUAAACGAUGAAGUAUAAAUUACUCUGAUGGCUGGCUUCAACAGAAGCAUACACCAUCCACAAACAAUCUCGUAGCUUACGCUAGGUCUGUCUUUAAAUGUUUACAAGUUAUUGUUGAAACUCAAUUAAUCUGUGGGAUAAAUGAAUGGGGUUUUUACUUCCGGAACCAGACUGUUGCACUCUAAAAUGUGACGCAAGAAAUUGUCCAGUGUAAUGGCCCCAAAUGAUGCAUUCAUAUUGGACGUUUUCUUGUCAUCAAAAACAGCAACAGAAAAGAAUGCAUCCCUUACGCAUUUUUUGCGCUGAUUCUAUAUAAACACGUUUUUAGAUGCCAUAUCAAGUUUACAAAAAUGUCCACUCGUGAAAACACAUCUUGAGACACCUGCGUUUUAGCUUUUUUGCGGAAGCAAGUGUUUGGUCUGAACGGCCCCUUACUCAUCUUCCUUGGACUGGAAUGUUUUCUGCAUUGAAAAGUAUUGCUGAUGAUCACUCAGAGAAAUUUUGCAGGUUACCUCUAUACUACAUUGACUGAAAAAACAUUGAGUUUUUUUGCACAUUGCUAUUUUCUUUCACUCUGAUGGGCUGAAUGACAGAGAUGUUGCUGACAAACUAUUGAAAUCAUAUGGAGAAUUGAUUGGAAAAGGAGGAGAAUGUCGAGCAGUGAAAUGCAUCCAGUGGCCAUAGUCCUUCCUUUGUGCCAGAAAACAAUUGCUGUCAAAGACGAUACUGUCUGAGAGCCUUACAAUAGACACUUAAUAUCUGAAACAUUUUCAAAGUUUGUGUGAAAUAUGAACUGGGCGAACUGUUUGAUCGACUAACCAGCCGUGUACAGUAUUUAUUUUGCAAUGUGGAUGUGUGUUUAUAUGCGGUGUGUUGUACCAAGUAAUUUUUUAAGGGUUCUGAUAAUAAAAUCCGAAAAUGACUGUA